CAUUCUCUCCAUGAGCUGUCACACUCACAUAUUCCCACCCCACACACACAUUCACACACACACACAUACACACACACACACACCGAGCGUGUUGAAGCAAACCUCCGUAUUUCUCUGCUGUUCCCCCGGUUACCGACCCAAGACCAAAAAAAAGCGGCUGUUUGAUUUCGCAGUCUGCGUCGAGCCUCGUCGUGACAGAGUUUGGAGACGCCUGGAGGAGGAGGAGGAGGAGGAGGAGGAGUGGAAGAGGGGGCUGGAGGAGAACAAGAAGGUGGUGUACCCCUGUCAGAAACACAACCUCCCUGUGACACAUGGCUGACUGUGGGAGACGGAAGGGCUGAGGGAGACUACGAGAGCGAGAGACGUCCUGACACACGCUCUUGGAGAGCAAGAGGCAGUUGGCCAUCUGUGGUCGGUCCCCUGCUAUUCUGCAGCUGUGUUGGAGUCAGUGAGUGGUGCUCCACUCUGCUAGGAAAAGAAGGCUUCUUCCUACAUCUCAUUACCCAGGGGAUGAGCCAAGGCUAGGGCAAUGUUAAGGUCUCACUGGCCUCGAUUCAAGUCCCUGGGGCUGCUUCUGUGGAGGGAUGGGUGAUACCCCAGCUGGAUCUUCCGUUGUCACCGUUCUCCAUGGCUAUCAUUAGUGGCUAAUGAGCUGCUGCUGGAGAGGAAACGGACAAAGGUGCCUGUGGAGAGAGGAGGAACCUUACAGCUGUUAUUAAGAGGCCCAGAGAUCUCAGACAAGGAUUUUUUUUGCCUCUGCAAGAGAAUUGAGCUUUGAAAGUAUGAAAGGAUAUCGACUUUGGAAUACUUUGUUUUAUGUAUUUUUCAGGUUUUGAUUGCCAAUUUUUUUUCUUGUUUCUGCUUUGUGUCUGUGAAAAAAUGUCACCAUGCAUUUGAAAGACAUGUUUUUUUCAAGAUGAUACAGUAUUUGGACAUCAUUUUUCUUCUUUUUGUCUUAACUGAAGGAGUUUCAGCAAAAUACUUUCAUCCUGCAGGAUUUUUUUCUUGAAGUUCUUUUGAAGUUGUUUCACACUUUGAUAUUAUUUUGAACUUCCUAUGCUCUGAGGGAUAUUGUUGACCAUGGCAGCAGCCUAUCGUGUAGUUGUGAGCAGUGUGAGCUGCUACAACAGUGUGGUAGUGGACCGGCGCACUCACUCCCAUGCUGUGCACUACUGCUCGGGGCCAUGUGGGGCGCUGUCCCAGGGCUUAGACUGUACCGUUGCACAUCGUGGCACUUGCUCCGAGCUGGUGGUUGCACCUGACCCUGCAUACAAUGACCUCAACGGCUCACCCAUCCACUCCCGCAACAUGAUCUCUCAGCAAAAUUCUAACCAUGCUAAACUUUGUGUUACCAUGGAUACUACCCAUAAUGGUGGUUUGGAGAGAGCAGGCAGCAGUGGCAAUUUGUCUUUAGGGGAGGACAGCCCCACGUGGCGUGGUAAAAAGACUCCCAGUGCAGUCGGAUCAACUGGGAACUUGAGCUCCACUGGCAGCCUGAAGGACAUUACUGAAGAGGCCAUCAACCUGGCCAGUGGGAAGCUCAAAGAGUUUUCUUUUGACAAGCUGCGACUCUCCUCCUCCAGCCAUGUCACCUUUCGGAAAGGUCGCAAGGUCCGUCCUGACUCUUUUAGCCGUCGCUCCACUGAUCUGGAGAUCAUCUAUGGCCACUUCAGCUCCAACCUUACCACAAACACAACAACUAAUGGCAUGACAAAUGGCAUGGGUACUUCUAAUGAUGAGAACCUUCCACCGUUUGUGCUAGGCAAAGGAGCAGGGCUGGAGGAGACAAAGCUAAAGGCGAGCACAAGCACCUUGUCAUCCAUCACCAAAGUGGGUGGUGGUUCAACAAACAGCCUCUCAAGUAUUGCGUCAUUGGACCAAAGUCUAAACACAGUGGCCUCCCUGUACCGCAACACCCUGGGAGAGGAGAAUCUAAUUGCUCGUCUGCUGGAGAAGACCAGAGCAGAGGCUGCCAGUGGUGGAGCAGGUGGAGAGGACAUCCGUGCCUGCCUUGACAUCCUGCUUAAAUGUUCUGAAGACCUAAAGAAAUGCACUGACAUCAUCAAGCAGUGCAUCAGACGCAAAGCUGGUGGAGGCCCGGAGGAUGGAUCAGCAAGUCCGGACAGUGUAUAUCGGGCGGUGAUGACCAGACUCAGCUCCUAUCUGAAGAGAUUGCCUCUGGAGCUAGAGGGGAUUGGAGGUUUGGGAGGCAGUGGGCAGGGCAGUCAGGGUGCACCUGGAAGUGGGCACAGUGACCUGGCUGAGCUGGUAAACACUCUUCACUCCAUCCAACAAGGACCUUUCUCUCCAAUAUUUGGCAACGAGCAACCUCCCCGGUAUGAAGAUGUGGUGCAGUCGCCUCCAAUUCCAAAGACUGUUCCACACUCUGCAUCUUCUACUCCUCCUUCUGUCUCCUCUUCUUCCUCGCCCUUUAAAUCAGAAUCUAUUCAUACCAAACCGGUCCAGAACUCAGUCCAGUCUAGAGCCACUCCACUCACCAAUGGACUACAACAUCCUUCUUCUAUUUCUUCUAUCACACAACACACUCUCUCUCCACCAACUAUCUCAUGUUCUUCAUCUAGCUCCUCUCCAACACACUCCCCAUCCCCUCUUCGUAUGUCCCCGACACCCCCAUAUGCACACACUCCUCCAGCAUCCCCCAUGGAGCCUCUUUAUAUUGAGGAGGAGGAGGCAGAUGUGGAAAAGACACCAGAACAAAUUACACAGGAGACGCAUGCUCCAACUAGAGGCGUUAACACUACCCAGAACAAAAAUGGGAUUAUGCUGGGGCAACACCUGCUCCCUUCACAACCACACACACUCCAUAACUCUUCAAAUAGUUUGCCAGCCAGUUCUGGCUACAGCCCUGCUUGGCCUUCAUCUCCCUCAUUAACAUCCUCAGCACCAAAAACUGCAUCACACAGGAAUGACGACAUUGACAAGCUGCUGAUGGACUUGGAAAAUCUGUCGCAGAGUAUGAGCCACCCCAGAAACAUAGAGCCUCCACUUCCUGCCAAGACCAGGAAGAGAGAUGGAGGCCAGGGAAUCAUCACCAAUGACUCCUUUGCUCAGCCCAAAAUGCCACAGUUCCAAGUCCAGAAGCAAGCUAGCCACCUAACCAUGAACGGUCUUAGCUCCAAAACUCCCCAGAGUCUUGCUCCUCCCCAAGUAGAGAGCAAUGAAGCUGUGGUGGGAGAGGAGGAGGAUGGGGCACUGUUGCUAAGAAUCCUCGAGAGUAUUGAGAGUUUUGCCCAAGAGCUGGUGGACUCUGGUGCAGGGAGCACAGGGAGCGCUGAGAGGAAAUGCGGAAAGGAGCGGGAGGUGAUGAGGCUCUUGCAGGAUACGCUGGCCACCACCGGCAGGACUGAUACCCCGGUGGAGAUCACAAACCCUCCAGCUGCUCCCACUGCUCCAUCGGUGCACACCAGUGUAGUCCCAGCUUUACCGGCAAAACACACCCUGGCAAAUAAACCUGCAGUUUCACCUUCACUGACACCCAUCCCUGCAGUAUCAGAAACUGAGUUAAUUGCUGCGCCUGAGCCUGAGCCUGAGCCUGCACCUAAACCAACACGUGAUGCUGCCCCCAAACUUUUCCCUACACCUUCUCCAGGGCCUAUAGCUGAGUCUACAGAUAAAAUCACAGAAGCCUCCACAGUUGAAGUUGAUGCAGAAUCCAUCCCUGCUCCUGAACCAUCUGCACCAGUAGGCUUGCAUUCCUCCACACAUGUAGAGGAACCCACACCUAUGGUCGCAGCUGAACCUCCAGCUGCUGUAGCCAUAAGAGAUGCUGCCGUUGCUGCUGCUGAACCUGCUGCAGUGAGAGAUUCUGGAUCAACCGUCCUCAUCCAGCAGACUCCAGAGGUGAUCAGAGUGCAGUCUAAACCAGAAAAGAAACCAGGAACUCCUCCACCAGCUCCACCUGCAGCCACAGCCACGCCGGUCCCAACACCACGCUCACCCAGCCCUCCUCCGGCUCCGGUGAUAGUCACCCCUCCUCCCCCUGCCAUCAACAUUCCCAGGUUCUACUACCCCCGUGGGCUCCCUGCCCUGGGCCCGACUGCCAACCACGAUGCCGCCAUCGCUGCCAUCGAGACGGCCUUUACCGAGUUCGAGGAGGAGAAGGCAGACAUUUAUGAAAUGGGCAAAAUUGCCAAGGCAUGCGGGUGUCCACUUUACUGGAAGGCCCCCAUGUUCUACGGAGCAGGUGGUGAGAGGACGGGCUUCGUGUCUGUUCACUCAUUCAUUGCAACCUGGAGGAAGUUGUUGCACAGCUGCCACGAUGAUGCUUCUAGGUUUAUUUCCUUGCUAGCUAAGCCUGGCUGUAACUACCUGGAACAGGAAGACUUCAUUCCUCUACUGCAGGACAUUGUAGAUACGCAUCCUGGACUCACAUUUCUGAAGGAUGCACCUGAAUUCCAUUCACGCUACAUAACAACGGUGAUUCAGCGGAUAUUCUAUGUGGUGAACCGUUCGUGGACGGGCCGUAUCACCAUGAUGGAGCUGCGCAGGAGCAACUUCCUACAAACCCUGGCGCUGCUAGAGGAGGAGGACGACAUCAACCAGAUCACCGAUUAUUUCUCCUACGAACACUUCUACGUCAUCUACUGCAAGUUCUGGGAACUGGACACUGACCACGACUUGUAUAUUGAUCCCAAAGACCUGGCGAGAUACAACGACCACGCAUCGUCAAACAGAAUCAUUGAGAGAUUGUUUUCGGGGGCCGUCACUCGGGGUAACGCUGUGCAGAGGGAAGGCAGGAUGAGCUACGCCGAGUUCGUCUGGUUCCUCAUAUCUGAGGAAGACAAGAAAAAUCCAACUAGUAUAGAGUACUGGUACCGCUGCAUGGAUGUGGAUGGCGACGGCAUUUUAUCCAUGUUUGAGUUGGAGUAUUUCUAUGAAGAGCAGUGUGAGAGGAUGGAGAGGAUGGGCAUUGAACCGCUGCCCUUCCAGGAUUUGCUCUGCCAGAUGCUCGACCUGGUCAAACCUGAGAGCUCAGGUAAGAUAACCCUGGGUGAUUUAAAGCGGUGCCGGAUGGCUCACAUAUUCUUUGACACUUUCUUCAACCUGGAGAAAUACCUGGACCACGAACAGAGAGACCCAUUUGCUGUGCAAAAGGAUAUUGAUAGUGAAGGUCCAGAGCCAUCUGACUGGGAUAAAUAUGCCUCAGAGGAGUAUGAGAUACUGGUGGCGGAGGAGACUGCAAAUGAACAGCUACAUGAAGGGUCCUUCGAUGAUGACUAUGAAUCCGAGGAACUUCAAGUCCCAGGAGAGAUCGGGAAUAAAAUGGAAAAACUGGUCAUAUCAGACCUGUCAGCAUAAAACUCUUUCCCUGGAACUCCUGAGCUUCUUUCUCUGGAAAACAGAGAGAAACCCCAGCGAUAGAGGAUCCAUUGGGAUACAUGCAUCCAAGAAUGUAUGGACGUAAAGACGGAGAGAGAAAAGGAUUCCCACAUCUGUCUUACGAUGAGUCUGGACUCCCCUCAGAACGGAGUUUUUUUUUUUGUGUGUGUGUGUGUGUGUGUGUGACCGUAAAGCAUGACUGUUCUGUGUUUGGUGCAGUAACGCAUCUGUAUUCACACAGAAAACAAAUCACUGCCUCCACUGAUUCACUCCACGUGACAGAACUAAGCCAGUGGUUGGAGGAGGGGAGGAGUGUUAGAUGAGCUCUCCAAGGAAUCGAGAAAAAUGCUUUACUGUAAAAUAAUGUAAUCAUUGUGAAUUCUCUACUGACAAUCCUACCAGAAGACAAUCUUUUUUUUUUUAAUGUUGCUGUGCUAAUUGUAGACUGACAGGUUGGCUGUCAGUGACACAAACAGACUCCUAUUUGGAGAAAAACAGGCAGACACAAAGAGAUAACGACAGCGACAGGCACUGCCAUUGAAGAUCCACAAUCACCAAACAAGCAGCUGCUCAGAUAUCUGACACACAAACAGACACUGCCUUCAGAAACCUGCUGCCGCUUGUGCAGCUUGUCACUGUGUUUCUUGUAAAGGAAGUCGUUAAACCUCUAGUCCUUUCAGGGAGAGGUCAGCGGUUGUAACAGCACCUCCUCUCUGUGGCCAGUCUGCGCUACUGCAUGCCAUCAGUGGCAUGUAUGGUGCAUGACGGGCUGGCUAACGUUUCCAUGAGCCUGAGCUGCUCUAUUAUUAGUGCAGUAUUAUCAGAGCUCUCUCUGACUACAUGGACUGUAAUGUUCAAGCUCUCCAUUGCAAGGUUUUUAAUUCACAAUCAGGUACCAGCAAAAGAUUUGACAUAUGCACAUGAACUGAUUCAGGCUGCCAGUCAUAUCAAACUCUCUGGUAGAGUUACCCGAACAUUUCCACCCGUAACAUUUGCAGUAAUGCAAUAGAUGUGCCUAAGAUCUGUGAGUCGCUCCUGUCAUUCUCAUGCAAAGUCACACUGUAUGUUUUUUCCACAUCCUUGUAAUUUCCUUUUUGUUAAACCUGUAUUUUUCCAAAUUUAACAAGCAAAAGUGUAGAAUAGAAACAUGAGACAAAGGUACACGGACAUAGUAUGUUACACAGGGAGCUGAGUAUUAUGGGGUAAUGUUAAUUAUUUUAACAAAAAGUAAUUGGUGUCCAUUUUCCGUGAGCAACAAUGCCAGUUCAUCCCGUCUUUCUGCACAUGAAGCAUCUUUACAGUGUUUUCCCACAUCAUUGUUGUAUGUGAUUUGUUGUAGUCGUUUAUGUAAAAAAAAAAAAAGUAAUUUUUCUGCUUAUCAGCUUACAUUUCAUUAUCAUAUGUCAUUUGUUUAUGAAGUUGUGUGAUGUCCAUCCUCCCUGUAGCACACGCAUAAAGCACAAGGAUGCCUCUUAAUGGGUCACCUGAACUUAUUAAGAAAAAAAAAACUUUAAUGGUAUCCUUCCUGCAAAUAAGUUGGGAUUUUUUUGUCUAUUUUCUAAAUAAUGCUCCAUUUCAGCCUGAAUCCUGCUACAGUGGAAGUGAAUGUAAUUUUGUUUGUGGCUCCUCUCUGAAACCAUGUUACUCAAACAAACCACAGAACACACUGUGAAGCAUCUCCAUAGAAGUAGUCCUGACAUUGAAGUUUGUUCAUACACCAGACUCAACAAAUCACUGUUAUUGCUGGUUUUACUGCUGAAUUUUUAAAGUAAUUUUUUGACCACAAAUAAAUUUCCAUUCUCUUCUGUAUUGAGAUAGAGGCAGCAAUCUUUCAGGCUUGUAAAUAAAAUAAAAGCCAAACAUUUUGCAUGUUUGGAUACCACUAUGUGAUUUUUUCUUUUUUUUUUAGAACUGGGUGAACCCUUCAGCUCCAUUAUUUACUGUACUGCACUCAAAGAGACAGGUGCAUGUGUGUACACUGCCUUUACUGUAAUAGCUAGGAGCGUGUGUUCGAUUAUAAAUCACUGAUAGAGGAGUGUGUUUUAGCAGCCUGUGUUGUGUAGCUCUCAGUUUCGCGCUGUUUAUAUGUUGUUGCCAUGGGGAUUGUGCUCCCGGAUCAGUGUGUGUUUGAGCGCUUGUAUAAUUCUUUCAUAAGGAAUGGGACAGCUCUUGUCCUCAGUGGCUUCAUAUUCACAUUCAUAUACCUCCUCUACUGGCACUUACUGUACACAGACACACACACCAUUUUAUAGUUGCUAUUGAAAGGAAGAAAGAGCGCUUGCACUCCAUCUGUGUAUUAAACUACAUUAUGAUAAUAUUAACAGUGAUAAUAAGCCAUUCUAGAUAGAAAUGACUGAUUUUUGAUGUAUUUUGAUGGUUUGUAUUGCUGUGCCACUGUGUGGCUCGGGAAAGGGGGGUAAAUUAUGUUAGAUGUGUGUAUGUUUGUGUGUUAGAUGCACGGUGGGUGAAAUCUGUCUUUCUCUGCCCGACCUGACAAUCACAAAAUGAUGUAAGAUACAGAAACCUUUGACGUUUCGCUGCUGUGGUCACACACACACUCACACUGUCAAGGAGACCUGUUCACCCAGACAGUAUUUAAAAAGGACUAUUGAAGUCGGUGGGACGUCUCUGGCUGAUAACGUUUUUGGCUCUAUGCAAAGUGUCCUGAAGCAUCAGGCGAGGAGAGAAGCCAUGCAAGACUUUUAUUUUGAAAUUACAUCUUUACUUGGAGAGGUAGAGAAAAGACUAUUUUUUGAUGUACUUCCUCCGUGCAGAGGAAACUGGAGAAAGCUGAGAUGUCAUGCGAAUUCUGAUGAUCAUUGUAUUGGCAUGGUUUUCUUUCUGUCUAUCCAUCACUCUUUCUUUCUUUCUUUCUUUCUUUCUUCCUUUCUUUCUUUCUUUCUUUCUUUCUUUCUUCAGUCUCCUGUAAUCUGUUGCUUUUGUCUGAAGUUUAAAAGUUUAAAUAAAGAUGUUUCAAACAAAUAUAAA